ACAGACAAAUGGUGACUUUUCGAUCGCAUGGGUAGAAAGCUUAGAACAUUAUAAAUGGCAGUUUCCUCUCUCUCAGGAUUCUCACUUGGCAGUUUCCCCGCCAAUUGACUUCCCGCAAAUUACGACCAUCCACUCUUAACAUUUCCAUCCCGAUCAGUUCAAUCCGCUCCCAACAUGGAAAUCCAGACGAUUCCCGUCUCCAAUAUUGAUCUCUGAAAGAUUGCCGGAGAGAAAGUUUCAGAAUCGGUUGCCGGAGAAGAAAAAUGGAGGUGAUGGAGGCGGAGCCAAUGACGAACAGGAAGAGCAAGAAGAAGAGGAUCGAGCUGGGGAUCUCCUGUAUGCUGAACACGAAAGUCUCCUCUGUCCUCGCCGUGCUCCGCCGCCCGACAGCAGACCCCACGGCGGCGCAAUUCCUCUCUCAGGAGGAAAAAAACUCCGACACCGCGCUGGUCACACAUUCAAAUCCCCAGCUCGAUCCCACAUGGCCUGCUUGUGGAUUUCGAGCUUCAGAAGAGGCAGAGGGUGAUUGUCGAAACGAUAGUCGGUCUGCUGCCGCCUCAGUCCAGGAAGAGCCUUGUCCCCAUGGCGUUCCUCUCCAGUUUGCUCAAGACGGCCAUUGCUGCGUGCGUCGGCGGCGGCUAAUUCCUGUAGGUUCGAUUUGGAGAGGAGGAUUGGGCUUCAGCUUGACCAGGCAAUGUGGAAAGGAUUGAAGCGGCAGUGGAGGUUGGGUGGGUAGGGUUUUAGGUUUUUAUUUUUUUAUUUUUUAAUGAAUGUAAUAAUGAGAU